CGUUUAUUCUCAUCCUUCGGUCGGUGCGGUCGCAGGACGUUUACUGUAGCUGUUAUCGUACUUAAGGCAACUCACAGCAACGCUUUCGACGUUCAAGCUGGGCGACAUCUGAAAGAUGACGUUAACAAAAAUGGAUCAGAGAUUCCAGUUGAUCGGUCAUCACAGGGACGACAAACAAAUCGAAUCUCCCAGGGCGCUUAAUCCGGUGACCAACAAUUCGAAACCGAACAAAGUAGGCACGGUCGUCCUAUACGGCGUGCCAAUCGUUUCGCUGCAGAUGGACAACCAAGAGCGGCUGUGUUUAGCCCAGAUCAGCAACACGCUUCUGCACCGGUUCAGCUACAACGAAAUUCACAACCGGCGGGUAGCGUUGGGCAUCACUUGCGUGCAGUGUACGCCAGUCCAGUUGGAAAUGCUGCGUCGGGCGGGCGCCAUGCCGGUGUCGUCGCGUCGGUGCGGCAUGAUCACUAGGCGAGAAGCUGAACGGCUGUGCAACUCGUUCUUGGGCGACAACACGCCACCUCGAUUGCCCGACGACUUCGCGUUCGCCGUCCACCAUGAAUGCGCGUGGGGUUGUCGCGGCUCGUUUCUGCCGUCCCGGUACAACUCGUCCCGCGCCAAGUGCAUCCGUUGUACGAUCUGUGGACUAUUCUUCUCUCCCAACAAGUUCAUAUUCCACUCUCACCGGACGGGCGUCGGUGCACGUUACGUACAACCGGACGCCGCGAACUUCAAUUCGUGGCGUCGGCACAUGAAACUAAGCGACGACCCGCCGGACCACGUGGUGCACGCCUGGGAAGACGUCAAGGCCAUGUUUAACGGCGGUACGCGCAAACGGGCCGUGCCGUCCAGGCCUUCGCCGCAACCUACCGGUUCGUCCGCGCCGCAACCGCCGCCGACGCGAUCACCACAGCUUCCGCAGCCGGUGUCUGCCGCCUUGCCGCCACCGUCGGCCCACCAGCACGAUGUAAAAAAACAGCAUAUGGCCGUCUCGCUACAACAGCCGUCCGUACCGGUGCCGUCCAUGCCUCUGCACCAAGCCAUGGUCGACUACGUUUGGCAGCAACGGGCCAACCCGUUUGCGGUAGCUGCUGCAGCCGCGGCCGCGUAUUCGGCCGGCGGCGGAUUGCCGUGUUGGCUUCCCAAGCUCGAACUGGACCCGCACAGCGCGCUGGCCAACCGCGGUGCGGCCGUCGAUUAUUCGUCAGCGUUUCGGCCUAUCUAUCCAGUCACAAUGGCCGACGAAGACGAAGUCGGUUGCGGACGUCUUGCGGCCGACAAAAACGGCGGCGGCGAAGACGACGACGACGACGACGAGAUCGAUAUCGAAACGUGUCCCGACGAACAGGAUUCGUAAUAUGCUAGACGACGGCUUGUGCUCGAUGGUGAAAUAGGGCGAGCGAUUAUCGUUAUCACAGCCUUGACAGUCGUUUGGAUCGAUAUAAUUAUUGUGAAGUGUUAUCGUAAAAAAAAAUCUAUAAAUUGUAUAGGUACUGUGCUAGCGUUAUGCAUUUUGACCAUUAUAUAUAAAUUUGUUUUAUCAGAUCUUACUAAAAUUAAAUAUUUUUAUUUAUAUUUAUCUACAUAUAAAUCAGUGCCUGUGUAAUAAAUAGUAAUUAGUAAAAUUAAUAUUAAAAGUUGAUAUAGUUAUGAUAAAAUCGAAAAAAAUAUUAAGAACUGCUUCUUAACGUACAUGUUGUUAUGUGUUAUAAUAGAUUAAGACUAGAUGGGUACGUACCUAUAUCACCCUCGUAGUGUAAAUAAUUUAUUUAAUUCCCACUGAUGUUAUUAAUUUUUAAUAAUUAAUACAAUCAGUUAGUAAACCUUAGCUAAUAAUAAUAAACGUAAGUUCUUAUU